CUUGCAAAGAUUCGAACGAAUUUCCCAUAAUCUGGCCACAGGACCGUUUGGAAGCACACCAGCAACAAACUGAGGAUAUUAAAAAGGCAAUCACCAAGAUUUUCACCUGUCAAAGGCAAGCCUUCAAACUUGUCAGCGAUCUUAGCCUUGCAAGAGAACAAACUCAACAAUUCUCGUCCUCGGCAUUCAUAUCUGAAGCGCAUGAGUGCCAGCAACUCGAAGCAGGCCACUUGUGGAUGCAACCAGUAAAGUACAUGGAUUUCGAACUCGGAGAAUCAAGCGAUACGGUCGUAUUCGGUACCGAGAAAGGGAUGGAAAUCAUGACGACUGUGUUGAAUACGAUAUUGGAAGGGAAAUUGCCGUUUUCAAACUUACAAAUUGAUCAAGCUCCAAGAAGAAAGAAGAUGAUCGAACUUGAGAGGCAGUUCCGGGUGACUGGCCCAGUAAGUGAGACGCUGAGCACGCUAGAGGAUAGUCAACUAGGCGCGUUAUUAGGGUUUAUUGGUCUCAGUCAAUCCCCAUUGGUGAUCAUACAAGAUGAAGAAGUCAAACGUUACUCGAAAA